CGUCAGGUUCGCAGAAGAGGAAGCGCGGUCGGCCCAAGAAGCAAGCGCCAGACUCGGAUAUGAUCGAAGCAACUGGGAAGGCAAACGAGCUGGCAGAUGAUUAUGCGCGGUCGACUGUUCACCCGGAGCCCAUAUCCGAACCUAGGUGGAGUCCUUUGAAUUUUGGUGCGGAUGCAGAUGGGGAUGAUGAUUCAGACGAUGGAGGUCUUCCGACCGGCCUGGAAAUGCCUGAUUCCUUUGGAGCUAAUCAUCUGGAGGAAGAGCAUGAGCCACUCCCCCGGGAUCGGAGCUCUCCGCGGGUGACGUUUGAGCAGUCGUUCAAUACACCAAAUGUCGAUCACAUAGACCAGGGGUAUAUGCACAACGAUGGAAACUUCAACUCUACACCGUCAAAAAUGCCUUCCCCGUCUCGUGAAUCUCACCGUGCCUCCGAAAACACAUUCGAUGCGGGCCAUACACCGGGGCCACCGCGCCUCUACCCGGUAUUGUCCUCUUCGCCGUCGGCCGACGAAGAAAGACGAGAGUCACCGGAGACGGCCGUUGACACUGCGAAAGAGAGCGAGCACAACACCUCCCCCGGCGAAGCCCACCCAAGUAACCCAACCGAUAAAACCGAUCCAACAGAUGAGCACCGAGAUUUUGAUUCGAUCAUUGAAAGUGAAGGCUUUAGUAUGGUUUCGCUCGAUACAUUGCCAUCGGCCAAGAACCAUAUCAGUGCCGAAUCUAAAAUGCUCAAAGGGGCUCUCAAGCCCUUUUUUGAGCGAGAAUCCAAUGGAGUUUUGCGCCAGAAAUCAGCAGAAACGACAAAAGAGACAAACGCGGAUGCUUUUGCUACAAACAUGCAGCACGACCUAAGGCCAAUGGACGAGCAACCGGCCUAUCUUUCGUUACCGGCUACUGAAAAUGACAUUUCGCCCGACCCCCAAAGCCCAGAAGAUGCCCCGGAAUACCCAGCACCUUCUCCCGCAAGGGAUUCUCCAGUUCAGCCGUCAUAUACUCUGAAGGAACGGCGACCACUUGUCAGGUUAGCUAGGAUGAUCCGUGCAGGCAUUGCGCUUGGAAAUACUCUUCGGCAUACCGCCGGAAGAAAGAGCUCUCGAAAGGCGAGAAUGUCUCUGCGAGACCAAGAUUUGGAGCUGGAGGCAUCCAGGAGACGCUUAGAACUUGUUUUCAACGACCUUCAUCCUGAUUCACAAGAAGAGCUGCAGGCCGGCUUGAACUUUGGACAGGAGCUGGUCAAGUUACGGAGACAGGUUGAAUACCGGGCGGAUGCACAACUCGACGCAGUAAAAUCCAGGAGAAGCAAGUCGACCGAGAAAGCCGUGGCGCAUAAUUCGGGGGCCACACCUCAGCGAGCGGACGCGGCUUACCAAUAUCAUAUCUCCCCAAGCCCCGAAAUGAAACGGCGCAUGGCAGAGUGGCAACGGGAGAGGGAGGCUAUCAGCAGGGAGAUUGAGUUGGCUAACUCGAGCCAAGUCAUUGUUCUUGAUAGCGACUAUCCUGCCCCAACAAGCCCGAAUGGUGACGUGGAGGAUGCUUAUACAUGGAAUGACCAAGAACAGGAGUACGAUGUAGAAAAGACUCCUCGAUCAGAUGCUGGCCCGGAAUUGCGACAACAGCCUAAUUUUCAGGAUGAUUACGAAGAGGAUGAUGAUGGCUCUGAAGACAUCUGGCAGCAAGAAGCCCAGGACCACAGCAUGGAGGCUGGCCGCUCCUCUCCUAUGCCCGGCGAUGCCGCCGACGACAUGCGUCCCGAACCCGAGUCGAGCCCCCAGCGGGCUGGAUCCACUGCUGACAGCCCUGCGAUGUUUUCGCGCUCCCACUGGGCUAACGAACGAGAAAAGCUCCCAAAUCUGGGCCCGUCCCGGGUGCGACAGCUGCGAGAGCAAGAGGUCGAUGUCUCCGCUUUGCUCCGUGUAGAAAACACGCCCAACCGGUCCCGAUAUUAUUACGGGAAAAGCAGCCCCGUUACCUCUACACGCGGGCCAUCUUCCGCCCAGUCUCGCAAUACAGCAACGCCUCAUUGGGCCCGAGAUGAUGUGAACGACUAUCUGCCCGAGCAAGGAAAUCAGUCCGACGGAUACUUCGUGUCUAGCCCGCAGAGAAGCUCAGACGACGAGGCAUUUCAGAUCGACCCGACUACCCGACAUGAGCAAAGUUUACAGUACGCUAAUCUGCAAGGCGAUGAAGACGGAAACAGCAGUAUUUCGGGUGCCGCGGUACCCGAGGGACGAUCGCCCCACGAGACGUCCAACGUGCAUUCUACGCCAUCGCGUCCAAUCGAACGCGAUAACCAGGCAUCUACAUGGUUCCAAAAGAUCAGUAGCCUCACGCCAGGAUGGCUGAAAGCUCCUGUGCGGAAAUCAUUUGCACAUCCCGAGUCUCCUCUCGCUGGAGAAGUCAUUGAUGAAGGGGACGAGGACGAGGAUGAGGUGUCUGAAGCCAAUCCAUCUUCUCACGACGAGCUUGAUGAUGAAGAGGUGGACGACGAAGAGGACGUCGAGCCAGUAGACACACCAAAACCCAUUCCGCAAACCAAACGGUCGCCCCCCUCGCGGCGAAGCCUUUCUCGCAGGCGCUCCAGCCAGGUCAUUGAAGAGCCACAACCUAUCGCAUCCAAAGAAACAACACCAAAACCCAUCCGGCCAACCACACGGUCGCCCCCCUCGCGACAGAGCCUAUCCCGAAGGCGCUCCAGCCAGGUCAUCGAAGAACCACAACCCGUAACAACCAAAGAAAUAAGCGGCGAAGCCUACGAACGGCAGCUUCCACUCUCCGUGUCAGGCUACUUCUCCAACGACCACUACAAUUUCCUCCGGCGCCUCUACCGCCUAGCAAAACAGCACCCAGAGCGAUUCCCUUACUUCUCCGCGCCCGGACGACCGGACAUAAUAGGCGACUGGAUCUGGACGUCGAGCGGAGCGCACGGAGUGCCCGUCACGGAGCGCCAGUUUGCUGUCAUCGACCGGUUUGUGCAAGAGCUGGCCAAGGCUGACCUGCAGGCCGGGGGGACAGGUCAGAUUGGGUGGAGCGAAGCUGAGUUGCAUAGACGGUUGAUUAGUGUUAUUAUUGGGGAACAAAUUAGGGGAGAUACCACUAUUGGUAUAUAGGUUAUGGAGUAAUUGGGUGACGGCGUGCGUGGAGUUUUGUUUUUGAGCGUGCUCUUUCUAUGCGGCUUUGGGGGAGUUGGAACUUGUCUAGUUGUAUGUACCUACAUGUUUUGCCUUACAUUCUGCUAGCUGGAUAAGGGAGCGAGUGAUAUUAGCAUGGUAAAGGCCCUGGUGGCCUAUUGAAUCUUCC